AUGAAAUAAGCUAUUUUAGAUUUUAUCAAUUCUGGUAUUCUAAUAACAAAGCCUAUAGAUGCUAUUUAUACAGAUCAGUUUCAAAAUUUUACUGAAGAAUGUUUCAAUCGUCUGAUAGCCUUUUAAGCCAAAUAAUAAAACAAUGAUAAACUUAAGAGUGCUUAUAUCGCUCUUAUGAAAGUUGUACAAAAUCCUAAAGUUGAAAAUCUCAAUCUUUUAAUAUUCUGUGCUUCAUACAUUGCUUAAAAGGCAUAUUAUUAUUAAUAUGGUCUUAAUGAAUUAAGUACUAAGAAUAUUGAAAGGAUUCAUUUAGAUUGUUAUCAUAUUAUAACUUUCACUCUUAAUGGAGUUAUUGUAUCUGAUUAAUAUAUUGAAACCAAUCUGAAAAAGUAUUUUACAGACAAAUUCUUGGACUAUACAAAAAAAACAGUGCCUACACCUCAAUAUGUAAAACCAACAAAAUUUUUUGGUCGUCCAUUGGAAUUCACAAAAUUAGAAAGUGAUGAAGGAUCAGAAUUUGCCUAGACUCUUUCAGGAAUAUUUAAACCUCCAACUAAACACAAGAAACUUCCAAAAGUAGAAGAAGAAACUUAUUAUUAAGUUAAAUAAUAAUACAAAUCACCUCCUAUAAGAAGGAUGAAAAUUGAUAUAAAUUCAAUUUCUCCUUCUUUAGCAUAAGCCUUACAUAGAAGUAGUUUAGGAUUUGAAAAACCAAAAAUAAUAAAUCAUCCAAUUAUGAAAUCAUAAUUAGGAGAAAUGAAUUUUAUGCAAAGACUCAAACAACUUGAGUCAGAUGGUGAAUAAAAAUUAGAAACUAAAAUAUAAAGAUCACAUAGAUAAAACAUAGUAGAAUAACAUAAUUUAACAUAUCCACCAAAAGAAUAUUUUUAGAAGAAUGUUAAAGUUGAUUCAUUAUUUAAGAAUUUUCUGGAGCUCAAAUAUGUAUUAGAUUAACGAAAAGAGACAAUGAGUUCCAUUAAAGAUAUUAAUGAUUAUUAACCUAGAGUACCAUAUGUUCCUACUUAUACACCAUAUUUAUAAUUCGAAAAUACUCUACCUCCAAAACAGUAAAUAAUUUAAAAAAGCAGUUUUGAAAUACUUCCUCCUUCUCAUGAAUUAGAUAAGGCUACUAUUAAUAAAUUUGAUAUAUAAGCCUAAACUACUAAAUCAACAUUUAAUAAUUAAGCAAAUUAAACAUUCUUCUUCAAAACAAAUAAUAAGCCAUCAUCUUUAUCUAAAAAUUCAACUCAAAAUUCAUUCUUUUAAUAUAUGAACAAGUAGAAGGAAUAUAAACAAAAAUUCGAUAGAUUCCUCUCGAAUGAAUCAUCCCCAGAUAGAAAUAUUAAUUAAAUAAAUAGUCAACUAUUGAAAAAACAAAAUUUUUUAAAGAAAAGUUUAUAGAGAUUAAAAAAAUGA